AUGAUCAUGUCCACCCAAAAUCGUGGCCGGCCCAGUCUCGAAAUCAAUACAGACUAUGCAGGGCCAAGCGAUAUACGCCUCCGGUCAGCAUUCCGCAAACAUCGGAGUCCUUUGCCCUCCGCAACACCAAAUACACCCAAGACUCUUCCCAGUCCCAUCCAGCCUUCGACGCCUGCCUAUGAUGUGUCUAUGAGGCAGCAUGAGAGAGCCAUGGUAGAGAGCUUAGAGGCCCGUGGUGGACUGUCCAGGUCGCUGUCUCCCGUCGCGGAGCAGUCGAUGUCAACAAGGGUCAACCUGAUGACCAUGGAUAGCCCAGUGCAGUCGAGAACAGCAGCACAUCCCUUAACAGCUCCUAACACGCCGUUGAUAGCCUCCCUAUCACAUGGGCGACAGAAUAUGGUACAGCAGACCAGGUCUAUGCUGUUGUCUGGCAUGUCUCCAUCACAAGCCAGCAACGUUGGCGCUGUGUCCAACCGAAAGCUCUCAGCUCCAGCCGAGGCUAUUCAGAGGCAACGGAGGCAGACCAUGAUGCUCCUCCAGCCAGACAUGCUCCAGGCCUGGGGUCAUGUAUAUCUUGGUGAUCCCACCAAGGCGGACGUCCUCGUGGCCCCAUCGGCCCUGCGCCGCCUGAGUGGCACUGAGCAGCCUGACAGCGCCGGAGAGGGCUACGGCCAGUCAGAACGCCUCUUCAUCAGGGCCCGCGUGCGGCCCAAGGGCAAGGAGCGCAAGCCGUUCCUGAUUGCGCGCAGCUUCAACCUGAACGAACUGAGGGCCACGCUCCCGUCUCCAGCCACGCCCCUCUCCGCGGCCAUCAACACUGCCCUUAGCUCCGAGCCGGCGUCGGUCUACUGUGGCCUUGUCCAGUCCGAUGUCGUCUCGAUCCAGUCACCAACACAGGAGCGGUUCGAGAGAGAUCUCCCUUAUGCUCGGGCCUACCUGCCAGCAUUAGCAGCUGUCAUGCUAUCAGGCCAUGUCAAGACUGGCGACACGAUAGACCUGCCCAUGCCACAUCCAGAAGCGUGGACUCAGACCGUAGCCUACGCAUACACCGGCAGGGGUGAAGCGACCGAGGCAGUGAAGCAGAACAUGUUACACCUGGGGGGACGGGUGUAG